CUUUAUUUAGGUAUUACAAUAUUUUUCGAAGGAUAUUAAGAUCGUUCCAUUGCAUACGCUAACAUAGUGGCAAAGAAAGAACAACAAAUUUGUACGAAUUUAAACAGCCAAUAGAAAUACAUACAACUUCAGAGAAAACAAGAGAGAUUUAAAAAUACUUCAAAUAUAGUGCUAAUAUAAGCCAACUUUAAUUGGAAUAUAAUGUCGACUUUAAAGGCAAAAGGUUGUCUUUUUUUGGCUUCUUCCCUUUGUGAUGGCCUAGAAGAUAACAAUAUAAAGCAGGUAACUACAUUACUUUUAAAUAAGGAAGCAAAUCCUAAUACACUGCUUCCUACGCACGGAGUAACUCCAUUUCAUUUAGUAAUAGGUAACGAUUCUGAAGCUUUUGCUGAAGAAGUCUCAAAAUUAUUUCUGCGUCAUGGAGGUAAUCCAAAUGUCAGGUCAGUAGAUGGAUUAACUCCAGUUCAUGUGGCGGCAGCAUGGGGUAGAGUCACAGUACUUGAAUUACUUUUAGCAAAUGGUGGAGAUCCACUUUGUUUGGAUGAUGAAGGCCGUAGCCCAUUUCAUUAUGCGUUUGAUGGAAAAUAUUAUAAAGCAAUUGCGAUACUUGGAAAAUAUUGUGAUAAUUCUAUAAAGGAAGAAAAAACAACGAAAUAUAAAAUGACUUUUGAUAAACUUCUGAUUAAUAACGAAGAUGUAAUGGCAGAAUAUAUUGUUCCACAAAUUUCAAACGUUUCUAAAGAAAAUAUGAUAAAUGAAACUAUAUUUAAGGGACAUAAAGAUGAAAGAUUUGCUGUCACAAAACAUGUAAAUUCCUUUAAUCUUAAUUACAGUAGUAUAAGUAAUGAUAAUCAAUCUGAAAGUGCGAUGACAAGUGCAGCAGAACUUCGAAUUCAAGAAGAAAUGGAUAAAGAAAAACAUUUAAUUAAUGAAAUUAUUAAUCAGCUUUCAAAUUCUUUAAAAUCUAAUCCCAAAGAAGAAAAGAUUAAUGAAAAAUAUCGACAAUGUAAAAACAUUCUAGAUGAUACUAGCCCCUCAUCUACAAUAAGUACUGAUAAUAGCAUUCUAUACAAUAUCGAAGACAAAUUUCCAAUAAAAAUGAAAGGAAAGAAGCGAUCUGUUACGCCUAAAUAUCGGCGAGAAAUUUUCAGUCAAAGCAAUAAUAUUAAAGUUCCAAUAACGCCUAUAUAUAAUCCAAAUGAUUCCAUCGUAAGUAAAUCGCCAAAUUUUUUAAUUAAUAAACCAAUAGAGAAAGGAGAAAAAUAUUUAUCUCCAAAAGUACUAAAUAAAGAAAUAAAAUUUGAAGCUCGUACACCUUGUAUAAUGAGAACUCAGUCGUUUCAAUCAGAAGAAUUUAAUAUGGGAAAAGAAGUAGCAAGGUCUACCCCAAGAAGAAGGAAACGAUAUUAUAGGCAAUAUUCAUCUCUUAGAAAAUUUAGAAGAAAUAAUGAACUUACGUCUUCAGAAAACACAAGCCCCGAUACUACAAAUUCUCUGUCACCAAACCAGAAUUGCGCAAGAAAUUUAAAUUACAAAUUUAAUAAAAAUCUGGCAAUAAGAUUACAUGAAAAUAAAUAUGAUGAUGAUAUACCAAUAGAUUCUAAUGAAAAUGAGAACAAUAUUGAAAAGUGUAUAUUAAAAAAGGAUUUAACAGAAGGACUUAAUCAUAAUUUUAGAAAUUUGCACAUAAAAGAAUCAGACUUUAAGGAAAAAAGUGAAGAACAUUUAAAAGAACAUAUAUUAAAAGCAGACAAAACAUGUGCAGUACAAAAAAGAUUUUUAAAUAAAGUGGAAUUAAAAAUCAACGAUACUGUAAAUACUUUUAAAGAAAAUUUAAGUACCUUUCUUUCAAGUUUUAAAUCACAGUCAUAUAUCAGUGUACAAGAGGAAUAUAGAUAUGAAGAUCCUGAUGAAGGCUUAGCUUUCUUGGAACGUAGGAUUUACACAUUAUCACCAUGCAAAACUGCAGAUCGUAUUUCAUCUGACAAAAUGUGGCCGAAAUCGUUAAAUUUAUCAGUGGACACAUAUCCAACAGAUGAUACGCUACGAAAAGAACUAAUUAAUUAUGGUGACAAUCCUGGACCAAUAACUAAUACAACAAGACAACUAUAUUUAAAACGUCUGACUAAGUUAAAAUGUGGGGCAUAUAAUCCAUCAUUUUUUGAAGUCAAUUCUGGAUCUGUAACAAAUACGAAAAGACAACUAUAUUCAAAACAACUCACUAAGUUAAAAUGUGAAUCACAUAAUUCAUCAUCUUUUGAAGUUAGUCAUCUUCCUUUGCAUAAGUCGAAUUAUUGUGAAUUUCAUAUGAAACCAUUUUUAACAUUUGGAGAUUGGAUAAAUGAUAUAGAAGAAUAUAAGAUCAUUGAAAGAAAUGCGUUUAGAGACUUUUCCUUAGUAAGUCCUUCUAGGAAAUGGAGAGAUGGAAUGAAUAAAACUUGUUUUAAUUAUUUACUCUUAGAUCCACGUAUAACUAAAGACUUAGCUUUUCGUAAGAGACAUUUGACAGAGUCCAUGAUCUGGACUACAUUUCUUUCUGCUAUAUUUUAUGUGGGUAAAGGUACACGAAAUAGACCAUACUCCCACCUUAAGGAUGCUUUUGCUACAUGGGUCUCAAAGAAAAAACCUGAGAAUGAAAAAAUCCAGCAUAUUUUAGAUAUUUGGAACGCUGGAUAUGGAGUUGUGUGUCUUCACAUUUUCCAAAACAGUAUUCCAGUAGAAGCUUUCACACGUGAAGCUGCUAUGAUUGAUGCUUUAGGAAUACAAAAAUUAAAAAAUUGUAAAAGUGGAGAUUAUUAUGGAAUAGCAGCAACAUGGAAUAUAGAACAAAAAGGUAGCUUUGGAAGAUAUUUGUUAUAUCAAGCAAUGCAUAUCUUGUUGUGUGAAGGAGAAAGGCAAAUACUACCUCAAAAUUUGUAAAAUGUAAAUUUUGUUUCUUCUGAGGGACCAAAUAUUAUAAUAUAUCAGAAUGACUAAUAUAUAUAUAUAUAUAUAUAUAUAUAUUAAAGUUUAGGAAUGUUACUCACAUCGAAAUAAGUGCAAUAAAAUGAAAAUAAAUAUAAACAUAAAAUAGCCUA